AUGUCGGCCUCUAUCGUGGCUCUCGUGCAAAGUGUCGCAUUCAUCAAUAAGGGCAUGCGCUAUAUCGCUUCCGUGCGCAAAGCGCCGGUCCAGUUUCUCGAUCUUCAGAACCAGUUAGAGACCAUCCAUGGCUACCUGACCGAUCUGCAACAGGUGCUUGACAAGCUCUCGUCCAAGGACGCCCCUCUUCUCGCGCCAGACUUGUCGCAUAUUACAACCAUUUUAAACGCCCUGGAGAAAGACGUAGCUGAGUUGGAGCUGAUAGCUUCCGAGUAUAGCGCAUAG